AUGCAGCGAGUGUCGACGAAGAAAACAGCGGGCCAGCCUUGUAGCAACUGUUCAAGGCGAUUUCCACAGCCUAUUUGCGAGUACAAGCCCAUUACGACUAGACGUGCGGGAGGCUCUGACUCUCCAAUCACACCAACAGAUGGCAGCAACCCGUUCCGCUCCCCCAUUAUACAAGAUGAUAGCCUUGACUUCUUUAACCUCAGCCAGCAGCCUAUCUUGCCCGUGAGACCGGUAACCUAUGAUUGGAUAGGGUGCGAGCCAGACGCUACGCAGCUAUGGAAUCAAAGGCAGUGUUCGGGCUUGGAAGCAAUGGACCUGGUGCAAUGGUCUGGGACCGAUGUAUUGACACAGUUCCCGAGCCCUGGACGCUGGGACGCACUACCCUGGACAUCAGCCCCGGGAUCUCCUCCACAGUCCUCCAUCAGACUCUGCAACGUCAACUGUGAAAUCCAUUCACGCCCUGAAAACGGUGCUUCAGGUCUGCUGCAGGCUCGGAAUACCACUUUCAACCGCCCCAUCGACGCGAGCUGGGAUCGUCAGAGGACGGAGGACACAGUCACUUGGCUCCUGGCGCUGGAAGCCCGCGCUCGAGACUUUGCUCUUUCGCCUCAGCCACGGGGAACAACCCAAGCGCUGAGCUCGCUGCCAGUGCCACCGACACAGCAACACACAGAGUUGCUCAGAACUUUUGUGAAGCUGGCCUCCAGUUUUCGAUCAUGCAUAGAUGGCAAUAACCAAGACGCGACCAACUCUCGCAUUGAAUUAUGCAUGCCAUUCUGCGUGCGGACACCUCUUCUGGCCCAGGUCGCCAUAUACACCGCUUCGUGCUUCCUCGUUGAGACUGGUGCUCUUGACAAGACCGUGGCUAUGGCCCACAAGGGGCUAGCAAUCCGGAUGCUGAACGAGCUGUUGAGAUCGACUUCAGACUCGACAAGCGACGAAGCCAUUGCAGCUGUCGUCCAGAUGAUCCUGGGUGAGUGGUACUGGGGGGAUUCCAGCAACGACCUGCAGGCCCAUCUACGAGGUCUCAGGGAAAUGAUUCGGCUGCGCGGCGGCAUCCACAACCUGGGCAUGGAGGGUUUUGUGGGCAAGCUCGUCGUGGUUGUGGAUUGCGUUAUUGCUCUCUCGCUCGAGCAGCCCCCAUUUCUGAGCAUUGAAAAUAUUCAAGACGGCAUCCCUGGAGGUGCCGGCGAGCAGUCCCAGGCUGCCUACGACACGCCAUUUGCGGCUUCCUCGCUAUCAUUCUCGGCCUGUUCAGAUAUUCUCGGGUUCCAUCCCGUCACAGCAUCCAUCCUGGACGAUAUACGAUUUCUAAUUUCGACGGUCCUCGACAUGCCGUCCAAGCCAUCACUUGUCGAGCUGAACAAGCUCAAAAGCACUGCCUCCUGGACCUGUGACCGGAUCUCACGGUUGCAUCCGGAUCUGCCUCGGGAUGGCAGCCCCCAAGAGCCAGAAAACCAUGCUCUCGCCGGCAUCGCAAGAGGAGCGAAGCUGGACCGCAAACACUCCCCAGAGCGCGACCCAGCCACGCUGGGAUACUACAGCAACGCCGACGGCGUCGGCAUCUCGGGCAUCCCGGGCCUGCCGAGACGCAGGACCGCACCGCCGACCACACUUGGGUCCGAAACGCCAGCCGACCCGCCGUCGUCCGACUCCAUCUACCAGGUCGUGCGGCAGACGGCGCUCGUGUACUGCCAGGCGGCGGCGGCCACCACCACCACCAUCACCACCACGCCGUUCAGCGCCGCGGUCGGGGCCCAAGACCUCUCCCGGCUGUGGACGGCCGUGCGCCGCGUGCCGCUGGCCCAAUGGAGGCGCGUCCUCGGCGUGUUCGGAUGGGUCCUGGCGGCCGUUGCCCCCUCGGCCCGCGGCACCCCGCACGACCGCCUCGCAAAGAGCCUCUUCACCACCUGGGGCGUGCAGAUGGCUCUGGACGACUGGGCCGCCACGACAGCCGCCCUCCGUGGUGCUCUGAGGCUCCAGGCGCGGCUGCUGCACCGUGCUGGUCCGUCGCGUGCUGUUCAUGGCGAAGGCGUUUUCGUCAAGCUGGAGCCUGGUGUAUGA